AUGUCUAUCCCUAAUGAGGCACUGCAGAAGCUUCUGCAAGAAAUUGGACAAAAAAAGGCUUUCGCAGAGCAGCAGCUCCUCAUUGUGAAGCAACAAAAGGCAGUCAAGACUCGCGAAAGCAGAGUGCUACAAUUGACUUCAAAUGAACUGGAAUCCCUGCCAUCAGAGACGAAGGUCUAUGAAGGCGUAGGCAAAAUGUUUGUCUGCACACCAAUUCCAGACGUGCAGAAGAGGCUUACGGCUGAAGGCGAGGCGCUCAAAGCUGAAAUGACAAAUCUCGACAAGAAGGAAGAUUAUCUAGAGAAGACCUUUGAGAAUAGCAAAAACAGUCUAGAGCAAGUCCUCCGAUCAGGAGGACGAUGA